AUGAAGGGAUCAACUUUGAAGAGCCUCCUCGCCGGCUCCGGCCUCGUCUCGAUGGCUGCCGCCGUCACUCCCAUCUCCGACUCUGACAUGACCAAUCUCCUCAACGCUGGAGGUGUCGAGCUCGCCAUGAGGGCCCAGCCCAUGUGGUUCUUCGGCCAGGCUAUGAACCAGCCCCCGUGCAUCCCAACUUUUGCUACGCAGCCCGAUAACUCUCAGACCCCUUCGGCUGCUCUUUGCGCUUACCCCAACGUUGGCUGCAACUGCCGCAACCCAGGCGUUCCCAUCACGAACCCAUCGCCCUCGUUCCCCACCUAUUAUAGCUACGAGAAGUGCAAUGCUACCACCAUCCGAAUCCAAUACUCCCUGUUUUAUGAGAAGGAUGGUACCCAGCCUCAGGGCAUCUUGGGCCACCCCUACGACUGGGAGCGUGUCAUUGUCGAGUGGGCCUUGGGUUCAGAUGGAAACUGGGUGCAGAACCAGGCUCUUCUUUCUCAGCACUCCGGCUAUGACAGACUGAGCUGGGGCAGCAUCCAGAACACAUUCAACACUGCGGAUGGCACACUGCAGCGAGGAGGUGACAACGGACGCACAAAUCUUGACCACCCCAAGGUCUACAUUGCGUGGAGCAAGCACGCCAACUACGAUGACCGCAACACUGGGUGGAACGAUCCUCUUUCUCAGCUCGACAACAACGCUUUCCGUAGCCAGGACUGGUGGUAUUUCCCCGUUGCAUCUGACUACCUCCGCGCUGACGGCUCAACUGCUCUGGGCCAGCUUCUCAGCAGCUACAACUGGGGCGACGCCUCUUCCAACCCUCCCUCUGUUCACGCAAGCCUGUGCUCUCAAUGA